AUGUCAAUCCUAUUCUCCCCCACCCUCAACUUCUCAAACCAAAAUCAAAAUUGCACUUCGUUGCUACCCGCUUUCGACGUCUUUCCCGGUGAACCGACAUCGACAUUCGAAUGGCAGAUAUUAAUUGAAAACUUUGAUCCUGAAGCUCUGGAAGCACUAAACAUCUUAUCAUCCAUGCCUAACACACCGAGCGGCGGACCAGAUUCCGCUCAUUCUUCCCCUCCCGAUUUCGCCUUUGCACCUCCUUCUGAUACACCCUUUGAUGCUUAUCGUGAUACCGGGAGUAAAGGGAUCAUCUCAAUGUCACCUUCUCAAUCUAAGAUGAGUUCUCAAACGGUUUCAACACCUACCUCUGCUUUCGCUUCUGCUUUUUCAAUACCUUCUUCUUAUUCAAUGCCGAAUUACUUUCCCGGAUCUUCCUUUUCAUCCAUCGGUUCCGUCACAGGAAGUUCCUUCUCAUCUGCUGAACUCCCACCUAUAUCUCAUGAGUUUGCACGACCUUCUACCAACGAAACUCGGAGACCUGCCACUGCUGGUGGAGCAUUACAAAGUGGAUGGAAUAUGAAUAAUGGUAUAUCUGGUGAGAGAUUUCAACGAAUAGGAAGAAGUGCAACGGCAACUGUGGAUGGGAAAUCACCAGUGGAUACGAUACAUGAAUCCACCGAGAAUUCCAACAUGUUUUCCAAUCCUUUCUCCAAUGAUAAUCACCCACACGGAGAAACGGAUCAGAAUCAAGCACAAACACAAGUACCAGAUUCAGCUGUGGAUCCUCAUUUCAACCCUAACGUUCCUCGCCGUUCUUCUGAAUCUGCAGCUCAGGCAAAUCAACAUCAAUGGAAUACCGAAAUGUUAGCACCUCCUCAUUCAAUCCAACCUAUGGGAUUAUCAUCUGCUCCUUCUCAUAUCACUCAUUUUAAUCUUGUAUCUCAACUUCAAUCUACACCUCAAAAUCAACUUCAAGCAUCUUUCUCCAGACCUCAUAUGGGUUCUACAGGUCGUCCACAAACAUCAGACGGUAUACCAGGUUUCACAGGACUUCAUUCUCAUCCUCCUCUUCCACCAGCAAGGACAAUAGUUAAUCAAGUCUACUCUCAAAAUUCCCCUUACACUCCUUACGCCCCUCAAAUGAAGUAUCCUUCACCGACGGAUGUCCGAGCGUCAGGCGCAUCAUCUUCCGGUCCAAUACCCUCCAACAUGCCUUUCAGAGAUUCACGUCUGUCAAUGCCGGAGAUCACCCAUCCGCCCAAUAACUUCCCCGGUAACCGGGCGUAUUCGAUCGACUCGGGUAGACCGAUGGCUCAGUCACAAGUGAUGCGUGCGGCUUAUCAUGGAAAGUCGGAAGGACAAAUGAACGAAUUGACUUUUGUACCUCUCGGAGGACCGGCUCCGAAGAAGAGACCAAGGAGAAGGUUUGAUGAGAUUGAGAGAUUGUAUCAUUGUGGUUGGAACGGAUGUGAAAAGUCAUAUGGAACUUUGAAUCAUUUGAACGCUCAUGUGGCUAUGCAGAAACAUGGCGAGAAGCGGUUGCCUGCUGAGUUCAAAGAAAUGCGCAGAGUGUGGAGAAAAAAGAAGCGUGAAGCAGCUUCUUCAGCCGCCAACGCUCAAUACAUGUCUAACUCCAACUGGAAUCAAGCUCUUCAUCCUCAAAUGCCCAUCCAUCGACCAUCCGUCACUUCUUCUUCAUCUGCGGAGUCAGACUACGAUCGACGUGAUUCCGCUCUUUCCAUGUUAUCUUCCGAUUCUUUCAGACCUUCCAUCCCUGGUAAUAUUUACACUCCAGGAUCUCUCCCAUCAGCCUCAACAGUAUCUUACCAAUGGGGCGAAACUCCAUCUCAUCUUCCACCACAACCUUCAUCUCACUUACAACAAACUCAAACCCCACUUCACGAUCCAACACAAUCUCAAUCGCGUCCUACCACAACGUCCUCAGUCGCUUCUUCCGUUCCGGAUAACAGACCUUAUAUCAGCUCCACACCAUACGGUCACACGCCUUUGCAGACCGUUUCUGCCAGACGACCCAGUGGACAGGGAUACAUACCGAUGCCAAUGACCAUGUCGAAUCAGAACCAAACACAAUUCAGACAAUCAGAAGCAGAUCAUUCAACUCCCACCCCCCAGAACCCUUUUCAACCUCCUCAGAAUCAGGUUCAAAUUCAACAAAAUCAGGGUCAGAGUCAAGUGACACCACCUAAUUCCAGUCAUGGUAAUCAAACGUUUCCUUUUCAAACAUUGGCGAGUCCCAUGCAUCUCACUCCUGGUGGGGUAGGAGCUGGAACGCCUUAUAAUGGUAGUCAAUUCGCUUUUCAACGAUAAUGUUUUGAACAUGGAUCGGGAACUGGAAUUAGUGUGCGGGAAUGGUAGUAUAAGACAGAAGUGUCACGUAUGUCUAAAAAAUUGGAGAAGACAACUUAGUCUCUUAUUCGGGCAAUCAGGAUGGUAUCCUGGAUGAAUCCUCCGUCAAGGUAUCUCCAAGGGGCUUAGGGACGAGGAAGUAAGGUUUGUUCAUAUGUCUAUCGCCUAUUGAGGAUUUGUUAAGGCCACAAGGGACAUUGUUCGGUGAGAACCUUGUAAAUAUUGUCUGAUAGGAACAUGAGAAGGUGUACGGUGUACGACGGUACGGAGAUCGAGAGGAGAGGGUUUAUUUGAGGCUAUACGGAAGAUUGUCAAUGGGCAAUGGGAAGACAAAGUUACAAGAAGUUUGAAGAAGUGAAGAACAGGAAAUCAACCAUAUCAUGUGUUACCUACCUAAUCCAUCCAACCUUUUAUCACAGUCUUCUAUCUUCCAAGUUUCUUAUCUUCCUUCAUCUUCCAACCCAUCUAUAUAAGUCUUUUGUCCGCCUAUCAUCUCAAAGUUUUUUUUUAAUCAACCUUCAUGUAUAAGGGAUAUCUGUGAGGG